AUGUUGCAAUCACAAGAGCCCACAUAUGGCGCUGCUUCCAUUCCAGUCCAGCAGUCCACAGAGGACAAUGCUGCCACCGACGAAAACCAACCCCAGAGGCUUUAUAGAAGCUCCCUUCCCGCCUCUUCGGAGAGUCUACCCUCGCAACUUUCCACACAGGACCAGCCUCGGCCGUCACGGAGCGAAUCCAACCUGCGUGUGACGGUAGAGUCGGAGACCAAGGCGGACGAACAAAACGACCACGACGAUAGUAGUGGCGAUAGCAACAGCGCCGUUGGUAGCAAGAGUAGUGCGCACGAGAGAGAGGGGGAAGCCGAAAUGCUUUCUCUCCGGGACCUCAGCAGCAGCAGCACCUCCAGCCUCGCCAUGACCACUGGGGAGGUGCCUGCUCUUCCUGCCAAGAGCUCCCUGCGGGCGUCGAGGCUUCUCGCCUCGAUACCUCAAAAGAAGGCACCUAACGAUGACCGGCCAAUGUUACCACACGCCGCGCCGCACCAAAUAUACCUGUCUUCCGAGGAAGACGCUUCAUCUUCAGCCGACGACUUUUCCGACUUUGACGAGACGGAAUCUGACGGCGGGGCGGCCUCGCAAAGGCCCAGUACACGAAAGGCGGCCCGCGAGGAUACAGCGCGCGUGGUGUCUGUAGUCUUCCAUGGGAAGCCAUCCAUCGUGACCUUGUCCCCACGGAGGUCGAUGUCGCCCAGUUCGAGCGAAGUUGGACAAGCUGGAGCUGGUCUCUUGCGCACAAGUACCGAGCCGUCUCUCCAACCUCAACGACCCCGAUCCGUCUCCUCAGACUCGUCUUCCACCAUGGCAUUUCACCAUCCUCCGCGCUCGAGCAGCAUGACGACUGGCUUUGAGAAGAAACGGCCCCAUUUCCUGCAGAUUGAUCCUUAUGCCAAGGUCAAGGACGAGGCGUUGGAGCAUCUCAGAGGCCCUAUGACGCCGACGUCCAUGUUUCGAAGGACCCUCAGCCUGGUCAAGAAGCGUAGCAAGCCGAACCUGCACCAGAACGAGAGCCAACUCACACCAAUGGAGAUGGUUGGCGAAGUUGAGGAAGACGAGGAUCCAAGAAAGAGCAUGUGCCUGGAGUCGAGCACUCUCAGCCCCGUCAUCCCCCAGGAUGUCACGGGGAAGGCCCAGCGACAUGGGUCUGUAUCGUCUCCACGAAGUGAAGCAUCGUCACCAAGGUCCCCGAAGAACCGAUUCCGGACCGGAUUAUCUCUUGGGCGACAACGAAGCAUCAAGGCAUGA